UUAACGGUUUUGCAAAAAGUUGAUUUAAAUUUACAUCGUGAUUAUAAGCUAAACAUUUCCGUCGAUGACUCCUAUACACCCUAUACGAGUGGUAAAAUAUUCUACAACGUACAAAUUCCCUUCAGUGCAUACGCACCUGGCCAAACUGUCAAAUACACAUUCCACAUAAAUAAUCAAUCGAAAACUGAUGUAGAUGGUUAUACUUUAGAAUUUUCACAAAAAUUCCUAUGCAUUGCGAAAUCAACGGAUUUGCUGUUGCCUAAGAAAAAAGAAUUCACCGAUGAAAAUAUUAUUUUACGCAUAACAUUUAUUGAACCAUGUAAACGUUUGUCGAGUCGUCUAUGGAAGGGACAAUUUAUUAUACCUUCAGUGCCACCAAGUGAAGUUAAUUGUAAUUUCAUACGUGUUGAAUAUUUAAUGAAGAUUAUAGCUCAUGUUAGUGGUCACAAAGAUUUUCCUAUAAGUAUACCUAUAGUUAUAGGUACUAUACCUUUGCAAGAGAGUUUGAUUCGUCAAAGACCAGCAACUUUGGCGCAAGAUCGUGUUAUGGCUUUGAAAUCGAAUGCCAGUAGUACAACAGAUCUAGCAACAGCUUCAUCGCCAACAGCCUCAACAACAUCAACACCAACCGGAGGUAGUGAUAUUGUUAAACGUCCUCGUUCACCUAGUAGAACUUUAAAGCCACAAAGUAGUAUGACACCGUCCACUUCUGAGUUAUCAAUCGCCUCUUAUGAUAGUUUACUGGAGUUUUAUGAUAAUGAUCAACCUUCAUUCGAAGAGGGUGUACGCAGUGGUUCGCCAUUUAUUGAUAAUGAUGCCGAUGAAAGUCAUCGUAUUGAUGAUUUCAGACCUUUAUAUCCCAUUUACAAGCAAACUAUAGUUUAGAGUCAAUUAGACUGCAAGGAAUGUUAAAUUCACAGUUGCAAUAGCAUUAUGAUAUGGGUUUCUUUCAACAGUCUGGUAGAUUUGAUCAUCUAGUUGCUAAUACUAAUAGUUAGUUUUAUACGGAAUGCUGUGUUGCCAACUUAGUGCUGUGAAUAAAAUUAAAUUGUGCCAUUUUUCUGCUCAAAUCGCUUUCACUUAAUAACAAUUAAGAACACCAAUCGAAAAGGGUUACAAAUAUUUUUAAGGUCCUAAAGCCAAAUAUAUGAGAAAGAUAAUGAUAUUAAUUAAAAGUUUUAAAACUAUAAAUUCUGAUUCUUAGAAUAGAUACAUAGAUUUUAAUUUAGUUAUCUGAUUAAGUGAAAAUUUAUCUAAAAUUGUAAAUCAGUAGUGAGAGAUGAUAUAUAAUUCGAAAAUAAUAGUUAGAAAUUAUAUAAAAUUUUGUAUUAAUUAAUUUAUAUCCUACACCUUUACUGAUCUGUACAAUUUUCCGGAAUGAUCUAAAAUCACUUUCCGAUUUUAGGCAUCUAUUUGAUGUCUUUAUAAAACUGGCGGUUAAAGAUCACAAAACUUUAAUUGCAAUUACUUGCUAUUGUAAUAGAAGUUUUGCCAAUUACAAUUACUUGUAAAUGUAAUUAAAGUUCUACCAAUUACAAUUACUUGUAAUUGUAAUUAAACAAUUUUUAAUAACAAUUACUUGUAAAAGAAUUACCAAUUACAAUUACUUGUAAUUGUGGAUUUUUUACCUUAUAAUUAAAUGUAAUUUGUAAUACCUAAAUUACAAGUAAUUGAUAUUGGUUAUUGCUUAAUUACACAAUUUAAUUACAAAAUUUUCAAUUGCAAUUACUUGUAGAAGAAUUUCCAAUUACAAUUACUUGUAAUUGUGAAUUUUUGUAAUACCUAAAUUACAAGUAAUUGUCAUUAGUUAUUGCUUAAAUACACAUUACUAGUAAUUAUAAUUGACCAUGUAAUGAAUUACUUUGUGUAAUCAUUACCCCCGCCAAGGCUGGUCCAAUGUACAGCGUAAGGUGUUGGAUAUCAUAUUUUCGGUCAUCUCCGACUAAACUUUAAUUAAGUACUUUUGUUCAUAUCUCAAUGUUUUCUCCAAUUUCCCUCUAAAUAAUUAGUAAUAUUUCGAAAAUCUCUGUGUAAUACUUUCUCAGCCUUAUACUAUCUGAUAUAUGCUUAAUAAAAAUUAUAAACUGAAUAUACUUUUUAUGAAGAGAAAAUUAUAAAACUUUUAAUUUAAAUAUAAUUAAAAAUAAGUCGAUGAAAAAGACCAAGAAUUGAUGAUUAAUUUGGCAAAACGAAGUGUGGUGAGAGAUCGCCACUGCCCUUUCUUCAAUUUAUCGGCGAUUUUCCUUAAUGGUAGAGUGUGUUGGAGUUUACUCUAAAAUAUGCUUUACUUAUCACAGUGGGUCUUUUUGGCCACUGAAAUAAGACUUGUCAAUUAAAAUGAUUCCUGUUUGGGACUACCAACAAUGUCCACGGGGAAAUGACAUAUCUGAUGAAUCCUCAACCAAAGGGUUAAACCCAGACUUAACCCUUGCACAAAGGGAUAUUCAUACUCCCCUGGUGACCCUAUCAAAAUUGAUAGAUGACUAGGCUUUGAGUGAGAUGGAACUCAGGUGGUCAAAUAUCAUCACCACUUGUAGAAUAUCUAGACUGCUCAGGCCCACUCUGACAACGGUUAAGACUAGGACCCUCUUGCCUCUUAGUAACUAUAUUCAAUCAUUGGUACAACUCACACAAUAUCAAGUUGACUUCAUAUGGAUUCCGGGACAUGUGGGCAUCCGGGGAAAUUAAAUAUCUGAUGAAUGCGCAACCAAAGGGUUGACCCCAGACUU